AAUGGUGCGGCUAUGUGAGUUUCCAUGGAAACAGCAGCCAAACAAAACAUCACAGUGAACGACCCCACAUUUAUUUGGACACUGUGUGAUACUCUGACGCUGCUGCUUCUGUGUUUUACGUUGAGUUUCAUUCUUCUUCUUCGAAUAAUUGAUACACCGCAUCUGUGAUGGAACCAAAAAAUAUGAACAAUUGCUAUUCGUGGGGAGAGGAUGGCGAGUCGUACGUCGAUGAACAAGAUCGAUCGCUGCCCGCUGUUGAAGUGUCUCUGCCCACCGUCCGACAGCCUUUUCAACUCCUCGAUCAGAUGUUGGAUGACGAAGAACUACCGAGUUUAACCGAGUUAAGCACGAGCGAACCGGAUUCCAUUUCCUGCACCAAUAGUCCGCCGAGCCCCGAAACAUUCUCCAGAAUGACUGAAUACGACAAGCAAGAUGUGUGGAAUCUUUCCGGUAUUCCGGCGUCAGUUGCCAGUAGCAGCCAAUCGCUAAUGCGAACGUCCCACAGCAAGAAAUUCCUGUCUAGAAGCCACAACUCGCUCGUCUUUCGACAGCCAGAUUAUUCUAAAGUGGAGAGCAAAGUCAGGAAAUACAUCGUCUCCAUGAGGGAACAGCAAGAGAAGCGUCGACAGUACUCCAACAAUCAGUUUGACCCAACGCCAGUUCCAGCUUUAGAUGAACUAAUCCCAUCUUCCGAACGGAUGGCACCAGAAGAUGUGACCAAUUUGAAGCAACAAUUGGCUGAUCAAGGAGCCAUGGUCGAGGUACUUCAAGAAGACCAUGACCGACUAACAUUGCACAAUGCCCGACUUUUGAACAUGAUGGAGGAAAUGCGCGCCAAGAUGCGCAUUCUGCAUGCAAAGCAGCAUCAGGGACAGUCACAACAACAGACACGUCGUACAAACAGUCCUCCUCAGCCGGAAGUCGAUAAAGAUCUUUCAUUGAGUAAUGAGAUUUCUUUGUCAUCCAUUGGAGGUGAUGGCCCCCCAACAGCCAUCCAGCUGGGUUUGGCCCAUCAGCAUGAAGCUCUCAGCAUCACGCCAUCCUCUUACCUGGACUUACCCCCUCCAGCCGGACAGUUUAACAGGAAAAGGGAAGAUGAUGAAACCAGUAGCUGUGGCUCAAGCUGGAAUUCAACCAGACUUCAUCAAUCGCAGCAUGAACAGACGCCGAUUGAAACGCCUCCCGCUGGAGGAGUAGACAAAGCAAACGUAACAAAACAGGCCGUUCCCGAAGAGCCGUUGUUGCCAGAAAAUAAUGACAAGCUUAAUUUGCUACUGUUAAAGCAGUUGCAGGAGAUAACCUUUGCAGCUUUAGAAGUCAGAGACCAAACCCGCACUAUUAUCCGCCAAAUAAACCUAAUUCAACCUCCUGUGAAUGAAGAAACGUGAAAGCUGUACCUCUAAACUAAGAAACGAAGGAAAAGGAUAUAUAGUUGUUCGAAUCUUCGAGAGCCAAAUUAAACUUAUGAAUGAUGGACCGCCUUGCUGGCCGAACCAAAAUGGAAUUCCAAUCAACUGAUCGUUAAAGAGGAAGAGCCCCACACUCUGAAGCGUGUGGUUAGUGGCAUCGAUGGUGGGUUUUCUUUUGAGACAUGAUGGCCAUAAAUUGCUAUGGGGAUCUAUCAGGCGCUGAAAAAUAAAUAUAAUAUUUUCAAAGCCGAUAUCCUAAUAUAGAAGCCACACUGGCCGGUAUCGCAACCAGCAACAAAGCUUCUUUCCAUGCUCCCAUGUUUUCCCAGCAUGUUUCCAAGCGCUCCACGGUAUCCUUAGCGCGUCGUUGUCUGAUACCUGCUGCUCAAGCUCGAUGGGGGCCCUAGCGCGUAUCUUCCUGAUUUUCAAUCACACGCGCAUUUCUCAUCGUCGACAGACCGGUUGGAAUCAUUAUGUACCCGGCCGCGAUUAAAUCUUGGCCGAUGGCAACAAAAGCUAACAUUUUAUGAUCUCAACUUGAUCUUGAAGGACUAUACUGAAUCUGUGGUUAAUGAGACCAGUUCAGGCCAAGAUUUUAAAAUAUUUGACUUUAAAUGUUAUUGUGCUUUUCAGGGUAGUCAUAUAGAGGAUCGCCAGACGGCUUUAAUCGAGGUUACAUUGUUCGAAGUUUUGUGCCUUUAAAUUUUCUGUGAUGUGUUUUUAAAAAUGCGGAUGAAGCUUAACACAUAAAACAGUAAAAACAAAAUCCAUUAGAGAUGUCACCAGCAAUUUUCUUCUUUAAUUGUUCAUGUAAAAAGGAUGAUUUACCGAAAUCUGUUGAAUGUUUGUCAGUGGGUUCGAGAGUUGUGC